AUGAACAGCUGCUGGAAGCUGGAAGCUGGCUGUGGUGUAGCCACCUCAGAGGUCCCUAAGUCCAAAAAAGAGUCUGAGCCAGAUGAGGAGCCACUCUCAGAAAACCUGCCACAGGAGGCCAAGUUCUUGGGGGCCCAGCCCAGGUCUGGAUCUAGACCUGAGACUGAGGUUGAAUGGUUGGACUCCCUGGGGGCCACAGAACAGGAGUUUGAGUAGGUGCUUGUCAUCUCAGGGGGCUCCUGUGAUGGUCUCAACUAUCUUUCUAACCCCUGUCACAGCUGGCUCCGGGACCCCAACCACACCAUGGUGCUGGCCAAGUGGGACAGAGGAGUGAUCGCGCUGGAGUUGGUGCACUUGAUUGACGGGAAGACGGCGCUGGUGGAGGGACUGCGCGUGGCGCCCUGGGAGCGCGGCAAGGGCGUGACCGAGCUGCUGCAGCGCUUCUGCUUGCAGCUAGUCAAGCGACAGUACCUGGGGGUUAAGGUGGCACAGCUUGCCCAAGAAGAGCCGCUGCCCCUCCGGGGGCUGAAGAAAUACCACUUAAUCACCAAGCAGGGCGUCCUUUUGAUCAGAUUCUACGCAUCAAUGCUGCUGGCAGGUCUGGGCUCGAGGCAGGCAGCGCUGGGGGUCUCAGGCACCUUCUCUCCCCUGCCCACCGAGGCCCUGUCAGAGGCAGGCGGCAACAUGGCAAGCCUGCUGCGCUCGCCCUCCAUGCAGCGCGACGUGCUGCCAGGCAGGACCUUCAUCGGGGACUGGAAGCCUUAGACCGAGAGCAGCCUGCGCCUGCUGGUGGCCAAGGGCCUGGAGUGGCGGGUGGACAGCCGCAAGUGCCCGCGCGUGAUCACGCUAUGCACAGGCCCUCUCCUCAUUCUGCAUGCCGGCGAAGGCGCGUGGUGCUGCCUCGGCGUAGAUGCCUUUGGCUGCGACUGUGCUCAGAUGCAGAGCCAGUUUCCGUGGUAUCUGCAGCUCCAGACCCCGCGCCUCACCAGCCUCAACGUCUUGUGUCUGCUCUUCCUGGCGCCCCAAUUGUGGUCACAGCUGGCUUAUUUCUGCCACCGGCUUGGGGUCGAGUUGAUCAAGGGUUACGCUGAGCAGUAUCUGCUGGAGGCCGACAUCUGAGGCCUCUACCAUCUGAGGAGCACUUUUUAUAUUCUCUCCCCGACCCCAGCCCUAGAUCCCCAGAAAUCCCCGCUCUCAUUUGCAAGAUCCACCCCCUACCCUGCUGCCUAUUCUAACCAGCUCUCCAUCCUUCCCUUUUGCCCCUACCUCUGUCAUCUUGCCUCUAACACUCCCGAACGCCGUUGCCCAAAGCCUGAUCUGAGUCACCUGGCUUGAGGGAUCCCCCAUGUGCUGCUAUUGCCCACAUUUUCCCCUUCCCGGCCAAAGAACCUGUACCUUCACAUGCUUCAUAGCUUUUUCCUGUCCCUUGUCCUAGCCUGGGAGUAACCUCUGUGCUUUCUGGCUCUCCUUUCUGCCUCCUCCUGGCUGGAAGUGGGCAGAACUGUGUGCAACGCCCAGCACCUCUCCCAGAGCACAGCUGCCCAGAAAAAACUGUCUUCCUCGUGCUUCUUCCCAAGCCCUCAGAGCUUGCCCAGUGCUCCCCUCACCGCUCUCUUAGCCUCUUGCGCCUCCAGACCGGUGGCCUCUCCCUCCUCUCUGUACCCCCAUCUUCCUCCUUCCUGGACCUCCCAGACACUUAGCUCCUCAUUGCCUCUCUGUUCACUUUCCCCGUGACCUUUAUCACCCACCCUGUGUGCAAUAUGGAGAGGGACCCUGUAAAUGAAACAGAUUUAUAAUGCUCUCCCUACUUUGGCCCUCUGUUUAUGCUCUGCUGUUGCACCUUUCUGAUGAGGGUUUCCUCCAAUUUUGCACGAUGUUGCUAUUUCACAGGGCCCCUCCGUGAUGUCCCCCAACCAGUGGCGGAACCAGGAGGUUCAGGCUGGAGAGUUGUGUAGUGGAGCACAGGCCCCUCAGCCCAUGUGGGGCUGUCUCCUGAUUCUAAAAAGGCUCCUUCUAGUGAGACUGCAAC